AUGAUCGUUCCAGUUAGAUGUUUCUCCUGUGGUAAGGUUGUUGGUGACAAAUGGGAAAGUUAUUUGAAUAUGUUACAAGAAGAUGAACUAGAUGAAGGUACCGCUCUUUCUAGACUAGGAUUGAAGAGAUACUGUUGCAGAAGAAUGAUUUUAACACAUGUCGAUUUGAUCGAAAAGUUCUUGAGAUAUAAUCCUUUGGAAAAGAGAGAUUAG